AUGCAUACAUUUAUUCGUCGUAAUACAACGAUUCCAACAAGAACUCAACUAUUUCCAGUAUUCACAAAUGCUUAUGCUUAUCAAACUGCAGCUACCAUUCGUAUAUUUGAAGGCGAACAUAGUCUCGUUGAAUACAAUAUACUUUUGGGCGAGUUCAGUCUUAGUGGUCUAUCAAGUAAUUUUGGUGCUCAGACGCUUGAAAUUGCUAUUCGUAUGGAUAUCGAUGCCAACGGUAUACUUCGUGUUGAUGCUGAAGAAACACGUUCAGGUUCCAAAGCUUCAUUUACUAUCGGACCUAAUCGUCAGAAAAAUUUGACAAAAGAUGAAAUUGAGCGACAUGUUACAUAUGUAGAAAGUGAUGCAAAUUUCGCAGCCAUAUCUGUUCAUGAUCGCAAACCCGGUGAUCCUCUAUACAUGCUUGAUGGUCCAACUGAAACUGUACUACAAAAAUUUUCCGGUGAAUUUGUGUCGACAUUGGGUCAAAUGACUGAUGUUCCACUUCUGAGCAAAAUGAAAGAUGUUCAAUCUACAAAAACAAUGAUUGAAGAUCUUAUCAAACUUCAAGCUGAGGAUGGUUCAUUUACAUUGAAUAAAGAUUUAGCUGAUGUACUUCAUAUCAAUCUUGAUACAUUCAAUGGUCUUGAAAAUUAUUUACGCGAACAAGGUUUUAAUUCAUUGGCUUUGAACAUACGCAAUGAACUUCUUCGUAUGAUUGGUACGGGUGUCAUUCUUAUGUGGUCCGUCCUUCAAAUACAAAUAUCACAACAGAUUACAUUUCAAGUUUCAUUUAACAUUGAACAAAUCAAAGUUCAUCUUUGUCAAUAUUUUCCGGCUAACAUGAACGAACAAAUCAACAAGGCAAUUGAAUUCUAUCAACGAACAAGUCAACGUAAUGGCAUUUAUUGCAAACAACUAGAAUUGAUCGAUCCAUCAUGGGAUAUGUUCAUUCAACGUAUACUCAUCGGUAUUGAUCGUGCAAAUGACUAA